UUGGAAGCACCGAACCUGCAUUGGGGCAGAUCGGGGGGGCACAGGGAUCUUGGGUUCACCCCUUCUCCCCUCUCCUGCUGGGUGUCUGCAGGGCUGAAGGAGGGUGGGGCUGGGAGAGCUGCUGCUGCCCCCGGGCCCCUGCCCUGCCUGGCACAGGGCACUGGGCUCCUGCCAGGAGGAGCUUUAGUGCCCACACUCCUGCCCAGCUGUCAUUUUCCUUCUUAUGUUGGGAUCUAAUUGUCAUUGCUUUCCUCAUUGGCAUCAUCAUUAGACCUCCUCUUGAAAGUGAGUGUUUGGCACAGAAUGAGCUCUUCUGGGCUUCACUUGGGAGCUGCUGAGAGGGAGGCGCUGCCAGGAAUUCUGCCUGGAAUUGUGCCCGCCCCCGCUGCUGCAGCCCUGCACACUGCUCCUCUCCUGCUGCCCGUGGGGUGUCCCCACACCUGCACCCCCAGCCCUCGCUCCCCGCUCGGGUCCCUGGGUGCUUCUGGGGAGGCCGGUUCUGGUGCUGGUGGCAGGGGGAGAUGUGGGUCACUAGAGCACCCUGACACUCCCGUGCCUCCCUUGCUGUAUGUGAUCCCCCGAAUAAAGGCUCACGCUCAGUCCUCUGCCUCCUUCCGAGGCGUGGCUGGGGCGGGGCGAGCGAUGGGGCGGUUCCGGGGCGAGCAUCGCGACCGUUCCCGUCCAGCGGGCACCGCAGGCAGGAAAGUCCGCCAAGAUGUCCAAGAGGAAGCCAACUCCGGAUGAGGAACCCAAGAAGGAGACAACUUCAGAUGAGGAAUCUGGGGAUAAGACAAUUCCUGGUGAUGAGCCCAAGAAGGAGACAAUUUCAAACGAGGAAUCUGGGGAGGAGACAACUCCUGGUGAUGAGGCCAAGAAGGAGAAAACUUCAGAUGAGGAAUCCGGGGAUGAGACAACUCCUGGUGAUGAGACCAAGAAGGAGACAAUUUCAAACGAGGAAUCUGGGGAGGAGACAACUCCUGGUGAUGAGGCCAAGAAGGAGAAAACUUCAGAUGAGGAAUCCAGGAAUGAGACAAAUCCUGGUGGCAGUCCCAAUGAUCAUCCUGGUGGCAGUCCCAGUCAUGAUCCUGGUGACAGUCCCAAAAGUAAGAAAAGUCCAGGGAACAGUGUCAUUAGAACUGUCAUUGGAACCGCAGUGGGAGCAGGACUGGCAGUGGCUGUCCCCCCGCUGAUCAUCAGCAUGCUGGGGUUCACAGGAGCCGGCAUCGCCGCUGGCUCCAUCGCUGCCAAGAUGAUGUCAGCAGCUGCCAUUGCCAACGGGGGUGGAGUGGCUGCUGGCAGCACCGUGGCCGUGCUGCAGUCGAUCGGAGCUGCAGGUUUCUCUGCUGGUACCAAUAUUGGGCUGGGCACAGCUGGUGGAGCAAUCGGGGCCUGGCUGUCCAAGCUGAAGAAACCUCCAAAUGACAAACCUAAAAAAGGAUAAAAAUCCAAGUGACAAACUCAAGAAAAAGUAACUUGGGUCACGAACACGAGGAGGAGACAACUCCAGACGAGGAACCCAGAAGCCAAGCAGAUGCCUGAUCCCAAGGCUUUGCAAUGCACAAUGGCAGGUGCUGGUAACCCCCCACAGAACCCUCAGGGCUUUGCCUCCCCUUCUAAAAGCUUUGUAUUCUCUUGAGCAACAAGUGCUCAAUAAAGGCACUUUUGCUGCA